AUGAGAGGAAGCAUCUCAAAAAAUGAUGCGUCACUCGGGGUAUACACGCCUCUUGUUUUUUCCUUUUUUUUUUCUAAGUUUGUUUGCUCUGGUGUUUUGGUGUGCUUCUUUCUAAGUACUAUCUACAACGGUGUUUCUGGUGUUGCUCUUGGUGUUCUUGUUGUUGUAGCUAGUUCUCAUACCCUUGGGUAUCUAUUCAUCCUCUUUUUGUUUUUAUUAUCCUUUUCUGGCGCUUCGACUGGCCUCGCCCAGUAAGUGUUUAAGAACUUGUUUCUCCUAUUCCCUAGAUAAGUAAGACUUGAUGAGUUCCAUAUUGCCUUGAUGUGGUGGUCCCUGUUACCAAGAGCUUGCUUUACCAUUUCAUACGGCCGGGUUCCUUAGGGUACCAGGGCUCUAUUAAUAACAGUUUUUUUGGUGUUCUCAACUUGUUGUAUCAUCAAAGACACUUACAUACGUUGGUUUUAAAUCAACAGUGUUUGUGUAUCGC